AAUCAGUACAGGCAAUCAAACUAAUUUCAAGUGGCCCGAGCUCCACACACCUCCGACUUGGGGAAGCUGCACCAGAAAUUCUUGAAGGAUACCUCAUUCUCCGAUUUCGUCCUUUAUAUGGACGGCAGCAGUCGUAGUUCCAUGGAUACCGACAUGGAGAUACAGAAGUUGCCAGUGAAGCGGCACUUGCCGGUGACCAAAGGCCAUGGGUUGGCUAAAAAUAAGUAUCAACGAAAUCGGGAUAAGAUGUCCAUCCAGCAGUUUUCCGACGCAUCCUCUCAGUCGGAGGGCGAUGGCGAUUUGUCACUGGAUGCCGACGACGAUGAGUAUCAGCAAUCCGAGUGGACGGGUCGCAAAAGGCCUCCGCUGAUCUAUCUCGAGUUGGGCAAUAAAGUCAUUAUCGUUAGGGACGAGCCACAGCCCAACAUCAAGCUGGAAGACGAUGUGGAACUUAAAAGGAAGAUGGAAAAGUUUUUGGGUCUAAUACCAUCACGGCGCAAGCUCUUCAAUCCUUCGGAGGUUCGCGAUGAUGAUAUGAUGAUGACGAAGGAUAUUGAGAAUAUCAAUUCAUUCCCUUCGUCCGCCCAGUCAUUUACUCCAUCAGCCGAGCAUCCAAUUCGUCCGAAAACAAUGAUGACAUCCACUUGGUCAAAGCUGAAUUUGUCGAAUAUUGAUGAACCGACCCCUGAGGAGCGCCAGGCUAAAAGCCAAUAUGACAUUGAGCUCUGGUCCAUUGUCUUCUCCUUUGAUCAGUGCACCCCGGACUCGCACAAGGAGCCCAUUGAUCUAAUCGAUCUACCCAACAAAGAGCAGUUGGCCGCCAACUGCCGCCGUCACCAGAGCAGUGUGCCCUGCCUGGAGCGGCAUCCACAUUUCUACGGAUUCGUUCGAUCGCUCAGCCCGUCUAUCUCGCUCAAUAUGUGCCAUCCACUGGCGCUCACCUACCGGCAGACCAAAUUCGAAAUCUGCAAGGUGGCACUGGCCAAGGUGCUGUUCAACAUCUUCAACCACGCGAUCUUUCACUGUGGCCUGCAGGUGCCCAUUGUUUGGAAGCACGCCAUGAACACGCGAUGCUCAUGCCAGCUGACCGUCGAUGCCUUCGGUAAGCGCAAAGCGAAGAUUCUACUUCUGCGGAACAUAAGGACUACGGCGGAGCUCCUCCACUGCCUGCUGCACGAGAUGUGCCACGUGGCGGCAUUUGUGUUCAAUCGGGAGUUGGGUCACGGCGCCAAUUGCUGCAGGUGGGCCUACCAGGCGAAGAUGGCCUUGCCGGAGUCACCCACCAUCGAGGACAACUGCAUAUGUACCUUCAAGUAUACCUGCACCAUGUGCACACGCUGCUCCUACGGCGUUGCCGAAUUGAGCACGCAGAACCUACGUUGCUACUACUGCCAGUUCGAGGUGAGCGUGAAGACCGUUUGGAAGUCAACGAUGCACGAUUGGACCCGGUCAGAUACGACGAUGACACCGUUCAAGUGCUUCAUCCGGGACAAGUACAUACAGCUGGGCGGGCAGGGAGCCAACACGCACUCCUCGAAAAUGGCGCUGCUCAACGAGGAGUUCAUGAGACUGAACUCCACAACAUAGACUUUAAAGUAUAUAUUUUGUAUAGGAUAGCAUAGGAGUGACUCAACCACAAAUCACAUGAGAACACUAAUUCAAAUUCCAUAGUUUCGUUAACUUGUUCGAAUGUAAGGUGUUAAACUAAAGUUUCUGUUUCUUUUGUUUCCUGUUACCAGUUAAAUAAA